GUUUUAUUUACCCUUCUGAUUAUGCCCGACACUUGUAAGAAGAAAACACAUGGUCGAUGCAAGGAGCCUCAGAAAAUCUAUCAUCCGGAGUUACUUUUCGUCCGUGUGCCUUUCUCACAUGGGGUUUCGAAAGGCAGGGCUGAGGCGCUUUUGUGUUGCCUUAGGGUAGGCGUCAUAUUCCUCGGAGUGUCCUCAAGAGAUCCGCGUCCCGUGGACGAAGGAGUGAACAAGAAAGAAGCGUUGUAUGGGAGGGACAACUUGGAGUAGAAAGGCUGGUAACAACAGUACAGAUAUAAUACGGAUGGGCGUGCGAGAAUUUAACAACGACGAUUACACUUCUGUAGAGAAGGGCGAUGCGAAAAUUCCAGUAAUUUCUCAGGGCAAAGUGUCCAGAAACUCCUUUUUCAGAGAACGGGGUUUGACUGAAUUUUCUGCGCCACCAUGUCUGCUGCUUUCAAGCUUCCCCUCGAUCCAAAAAGGUCUGAAAAUAUCAUACACUCUCUUUCUUCCAAAACCUGCAAAGCCUGGUCCCAUGCCAUGCCAUGCUGAAAUGAGCAAAAGUGAUGGAUUCUAUUUUAUUGCAAGCGGACGAGAGGGAGCAGCACCGACUCUUGCUUCCAUCAAAUAUGACGGGAGGUCCGUCAUAAUCAGGAGGGCACGAGAUAGCGCAGCCGGGAGGUCUGUUCACGGAGCAAAACGAAGGGCAUAACAAUGAAAAAAUGGGUUUGUGCUAAAGGGGUAGAGGGAGCGAGGAGGGGGUGAUACGCCUCCAUGGCGUCCACGGAAUGGUCCUUGUCCAGAUAAGGCUCACGGCUGCCAAACUCAUAUCCUCCAAUGCCUUUCGCGGGCUCGCGACUCGGGGCCUCGGCAGCUCCCGAUAACCUCGGCUCGGCACCGGCUGCAGUAGGCUGCCCUCCAUCCGUGGUCCGCGCAUGUGCGCCUCUCGGGCCCCGGCUGGUGCCAACUUCCAACCCAACCUAGCCGAAGGCUCAGACAAUGUGCCGACGAUGGAACAGAAUUGACGAAAGCCUGGGCUUCGGGUUUUUUUCCUCACCUGCUGCUGCUGCUGUUGUCUUCUUAGGGCACCUUAGGGUUUAGUGAUGUCCCCUUGCCCGCAGCAGCAUUGGCCAGACCGCCCUCCUCCUCCUCCUCCUCCUCCCGCUACAACCAC